UUUUUUUGUAUGCUUUUCGCAUGAUGGAAGUAAUCAAACUCAACCUAAAUUUGUUGGAUCUGCUCAGAGAACGUUCUUUCAGCCUAAUCGUGUUGAACCAGUUGCUAGCCCAACACAAUUUACUCAGUCAACAUGGGAAAGAAGGGAUGAACCGCACGCUAUUGAUCAUGGGACAAGAUGUGACGCUAACUUGCCAGCGCCUAAAGAAAAUUCUGUGGUAGCAACAGUAACGAAUGCCAAAAAUAAACCAGCUGCGUACCUGAUGACAAAAAGAUUAAUGGUCACUGCUAGAGGC